CCCUAAAGAGUAGUAUUGGUUUUAUAGCAUGUAAAAUAUUUGUAAGGCAACACUUUUCAAUUUUUAUCUUAUGUACCUAAAACAUCUGGGGGGAAUAUUAGCUAGUCUUUGUGUUAAAUGAUUUAUGUUAAGCCAACACAGUUAAUUAAUUACUAUGGCUCUUUAUAAACAGCUCUCAUCAAUUAUACAUUUGAUUUUUCAAGGUUUUUAAAACAUUUGAAGACAUAUUAAUAAUGCACAUAUUAAUAAGUAUGUGAACUGAUUGUGUGGGUGUGCAGUGUGUUCUGCUGAUGCUCUCUGUAGCUUCACUGCUGCAGUGUGAGUUUGCAGAUCCACGCCACCCUCCUGGGACUCAACUCAACUGCUGGGCCAUUGACAGUCUCUCUCUCUCUCUCACUCUCUCUCCCUCUCUUACCACAAACACAAAAAAGGUUUGUUUCCGCCCUUUUACUUCAAAUAUGACUUUUCAUCUCUCAGUUUCUGCCUCUUUUUUUAUUUUAUUUUUUAGAAUAGUUCAUCUCCAGAUGUGCAGAUGUGGUGGCAGACCAAGCAUAUGACAUGUGACAGCACUGACAUAAAAGCCAAAAAAACAACAGCAGCAUAAAACAGCAACUCCAUGGUGCAUGCACAUCAGGGUGUCUGUCCACUGAGCUACGAUGAUACAGCAUUCACACAGAAACACACCAAGCUGUGUCUGCUGAUCUGAGGGGAUGUCUACUCUGAGAGGAGGACCAGCUCUGAAGAGCACGUACAGCACCUAUUGAUUACUCAAACUCAGGGUGAACGAGUUUGCUCCGCAUGCCAUAAAGAAGCAGGGCGAGCUGUGUAUCUGCCUCUCCCCUGAAGUGAAUGUUGAAGAAUAGAUAAAUCAUUUCUCUGUGUCAGCCAUUUUUCAUCCCUGUGAACAUGUGUGUUGCCAAGCCAGUGACACCCAGGGGACUGUGUGAUACACAAGCCCUUAACCUGUCAUCCAGCAAAGGUGUCAUUUCUGUUUCAUUUCCUUAACAUCUUACAACUAAUCUCACUUACUUUCAAAGGUGAAACAAAUUAGUCACAAAUGUUUUAAAAUGUUGGAAUGUGUGGGUACUGUUUGUGAAACACAAAGUGUGUUUUGCACCACAUUCACAUCUUUUGAAUUGAGGGAGGGGAGAGUUAGGGGCAUUCAGGACAGAAAUAACAUGUGUCACAUCCCCUCCCUCCACUGGCUUCAUGUUUUAUAGAUGAGAAUAAUGGAGCAGAGUCGGCAGAAUUCAGCUGUGAUAUUGUGAGGAUCUCAUGUUCUGUAUGUAUAGGCGAUACCUUGUUAUUUGAAGCAGCCGUUAAGAGCUGAAAUCUAACAGAGAAGGCACAAGCUUUCAGUAGAGAAUGUAUCUGCGGAUGAAAUGUCAUAAACAAGCCACAUCCGGGGUUUAUUAGCAGUUAUUGCAGUGACGACGGUGAGCGAGUAUUGGUCAAAGAUAGUGUUAAGAAACACAGUGAAGUAUUUGUUAAAUCCUCCAGAUGAUGGAAGGUCAUCUGCAAAAUGGCAACAGUCUAUGGUACAGCCAAAUUUAGGCUGUUGUUAGCUUCUUCAAAUGCAGCCUGCCCUUCAGUGCUGCCAUGGGUGGAUUCAGCGCAGCAAAAUGUUUAAUACGGCCCUUUUAAUGGAGGUUUGAAGUCUUGCCAUGUAAAUGACAUUGAGAGGGAAAGGAGGUGGGAGGCUCUUGCCAUGUAGCGACCUUGUCCUUGAAAGGAUGGAUGGAGAGGCAGAGGCUGAGUGAGACAGAGAUAGAGAUGGAAAAUAGCAGGAUCGAUGCAGAGGAAAAUGUCAGAAAACAGUGAAACCUGUCUCAGGGGGCUGUAGAGAACUGGAAUGGAAGAUAGCUCUUGUGUGCGCUAUGUGUGUGUGCAUGCCUAAUCUGCUGCAAUUGUGUGAGUGUAUGCUGUGGAGCAGUGGAUAUCAGGACCUUCCCUUGUUCCUUCCCCAUGGUGGUAUAUUUAGAGCUUUUGGUGACUUGAGACAAUGAGAGAAAAGAGGAGCAGGGAGGCUUUGAUACAGGCAGACAAUGGAGGCUGCAGACAACAGGGAACAAGAUGAUACACGGACGGGUUGAUGACAGAGAGACAUGGGGAUGAGAGGAGAGGAGAGGAAAGGAAUGGAACUGGGUGAGAAAAGAGGGAGUCACCUUGUGAGGGACAACUAGAAAAAUGGCUGUACUGGCAGUCUCAAGGAUGACUCAGCUGUAAUAUAAUUAAGGCCUGGGCUUGUGUUUACUUGCUUUAGACCUGUAUAUGUGCGUGCACGUGUGCAUGUGUAUUCAUAUGUAUGCAUGUGAUUGUGGUAGCUUGCCAGUUUGGCCACUGUGAUUUUUUUUUUUUUAAAGGAGUGGACAGCCACGACUCAGAGUGAAACUUAAUACAUUAAGGUUGUGAAGUUGUGAUCGUGUCUGAGUGUUUAUUUUGAGUGUUGUUAAGUUAAUAUCAAAAGACAAACAGCAUUAGCUUUCAGUUUGGUGGCUGUAAGAAAUUUAAUGAUUGAAGUUUCCAGAACAAAACUGAGCCUGGCUUUGUCACGGCGCCACCCGGUGGACAGUUAGCAGUGUGCCGCUGUUGUUUCCAGAUGUGUCCACAGGGGGCAGCACAUCCUCACUGCAGUAAACUUAGGAGCGUUUCCUUCCUGUGUCGCCUCUGCUGUCUCAGACGAGGGAACGUUUAAACAAAACAGCAUCGAAUUUUUCAUAAAACGGCGAUAAAAUGUAUCGACCAACCUCUUUAGUAAAUAAAUGGGUCCAGGAAAACAACGAGUUGGUAAACAAAUGGAAGCAGCAGGAAGGAGGAGGAGUCACCUUCAGCCGAGAUCAGAACCAGUCCCACCUGAGAUGCAGUUCCUCUGAGUUUUACAGACUUUUAAGGAAAAUCCAAGGUGUUCCUCCUCUUGCAGAUCACACUCAUUUGGAGCUGUCAGUGGUAUACAAUACCUGUGUGUGCGCUACUGCUCAGUCUCAGUUCACAGAAGCCGAGCUGCUCCUCACACAAGCCCUACGGAGAGCUCUACAGAUCACAGGAAACGACUCUGUCACUUCAGAAACUCCUGUGUUUUGGAGAACGGUUCUCAAAUCAGUGGCAAACACAGCUUUGAAUUCCUGUGUACUGUACCUUCUCUGUCUGCAGUGGGCAAUAUGGUUGGCCACCUGUCAGCUGAAAACUAUACAAGAAUUUAAGGAGGAGCUGUGCUCUCUGUUGGAGACACUGUGUGGUGGAGUUGGGGAUGACAGGAGGAAUGAGACAUGGGGGAAGUCCUCUGACGUUCCUCUACUGGUCACGGACCCAAGAAAGCUUGUUGAAUUAUUGCAGAUAUGCACUUCCAUUGCCCAAGGUGUUGAAAGGUUGAGUGAAGGUCAGUGUUCAGAAGCGCUGUCUGAUCUGCAGUCAGCUUCCGCCCUGCCGGCACCCAGAGCUCUAGUAGCAUAUGUACACCUCCUCUCAGGCUCCUGCCUCGCCCACAUGAGCCGCCCCCAAAUGGCACUGCAGUGUUACAGGAAGGCACUGGAAACUGACUCCUGCUCUGUGUGUGCUCUGUACCAGAGCAUGCUCAUCUACAGACAGCUGGGCAACACACAGGCUGAGAUACAAGCUCUUCGCUUGCUGCACUCAAGUUUGAUGUUGCCCUCUGCUACAGUUCCUACUGUGGCCGGUGCCCAUCUCCUCUCCCCGUCCUUACUGCUCUGCAGCCAAUCACUGCGCGACCUGCUCUCAGUUCCCUCUGCCCCCUCUGUCCUUCACAAUCUGGCUCUGAAGUGUGUGCUCCAUGGGAGGGUGUCAGAGGGUGUGGAACAUUAUCUGGACCUUCUGGCUGCUCUUCACUCAGAAGAUCAACAUGGAGUGAGAGUUAAAACACUGACAGACACGCAAGAUAAUUUAACAGUCCAUGGUGAGGCCACUCCCCUCCCUAGGUUGCCCCAGCUUUACCUGGAGACUGGUGCUGCCUUGCUCAUGGCCCGGCGGCCUGCAGAUUGCAUGGCGCUGUGCAAUGAAGUCAUCAGCACAACAUUAGAGCUACUGCCAGAGAAGCUGGUGUUGGAGGAUCCAGAGGACAGGAGUCAGGCUGAGACCAAGGAAGUGAGAGCAGAGGGUGAAGAUAUGGUGGCGAUGUUACUUUGGACAGGGGCUGCUUUCCUCCUGCAGGGUCACUGCCACACUCACCUGACGGACUGGAAACAAGCCGUGACUCACUACACUAGGUGUAUCAACCUGCUCGUGAAGGUCCGCUAUAAAAAGAAAGGUUUCCAACCACAGAUCCCCAGUGCAGACAUGGUUGUCAAGCAGGAAACAGAUCUGUGUACCCUCCAAAGGCUGAAGGGUCUUUCAUUAGCUGGUAGGGGUAUCAGCUUCACCCAGACAGACCGACUGAGAGAGGCACUGCGAGACCUCCUGCUCAGUCUACAGGCAUUCCCAGAGUGUGUGGGUGCAGGACUGUGGUGUGGUGAAGUGCUGUGGAGGCUUGGCAGGAGACAGGAGGCAGCAGCUUGUUGGGAAAAGACCUGGAGCUUCACCACACAGUCCUCAGUGGAGGGUCUUCCUUUGUACCUACAGGAACCCCAGUCUGGCCCUUCGCUGGACUCCACGGAGCUGCGGCGCAGAAUACAGGAACUUGGUCCUACCUAGUCAACCUGAAGAGGAACAAAAGAAGAAUGGCCUAUCCCUUACUGAACAGGAUCCACUUUCUCUGGCCUUUGAACUGAAACCCAUACGAACUACAAACAUGUAUCUACUCGGACAGUAAAAUAAAGCAUAUUGUAAGGACUUAGAGGGUUUGAGGCUGAGAAUGGACACAGGUGGUGGUUUAUGAAUGAAAUAAUGCAAAAUAACCAUACAUACUGUAAAGCUGAAACUGAUUUGUUGGGGGGAAAUUGUACCAUGCACCACUGUAUGUUGGGCAGGCAAGAGUAAUCAAGACUGUUAUUUUCAUAACUGAAAGUGGUUUUCAAUAUAAAAUAAAAAUAUUUUUCAAGAAGAUACACCAUAA